AUGUCUGUCAGGAGCGCUGACGUCAAACGCAUUAUCACAUUCUGGUUCAACCGCCCGCCCGUUGAAUGGAUAACCGCCCCAAGAGGCAUCGACGACCAGAUAAGGUCCGAAUUUGAUGACCUCGUCCUCACAGCCCGUCAGAACAAGCUCGAUGACUGGGAAAUGGAACCCGAAGCCUGUCUUGCUCUCGUCGUUCUACUUGAUCAGUUCUCCCGCAACUUGUUCCGAGGUUCCCCUGAUGCCUUUAGCGCCGACUCGAAGGCCCAUGAAAUAGCUACUAGGGCCAUAAUACGUGGUUUUGAUAAGGAUGUCAGCGCCAUACAGGCAUCAGCUUUCUAUCUACCGCUUUUACACCAGGAGAGUUUGAUCUCGCUCGUGGCGGCUCGCUCUCUGUUUGAGAAUCUGAGGCAACGAUGUGCAACUUGGGAAGAGAAGGAAUGGGCCGAUAUGGGUAUCGAUAUUGUGAAUGAGAAUAUCCGCCAUAUGGAACAAUUUGGAAGAUAUCCAAGCAGGAAUUUAGCCUUGGGGCGAACAAAUACUGAAGCCGAAGAGGAGUACCUCAAGCAGCGGGCGAACCGGGAAUGA